UCAAUCGAGGAACGCGAAUGAUCAGAAAAUGCAAAUGGCGUACGGCAGAAGAACGCAGCGGUUUUCUGUGCUGGCAAAGUUUUCGUACGAAAGUACUUUUUGCGCGAUGUAUUAGCGGGAAAAUUUAGUGCGAGUGAAAAGCUGAUGUGUUCGGAAAUGAUGAAGUGAUGAAGUACGACUGAAAAGUGUACAGUAUGCAGUGGAAAGUUUAAGUUAAACAUUUGCCCGUCUUUAGAGGCAGUUUUUUUGUGCAAGCGAGUGAAAAUUUUAAUGAACUCCGCGAAAACCGCAGCUGGACGGUCUUGCUGGGUGUUUUUGUGUAUUCCGAACAGCUAUAAUCGAAAAGUGGAAAAUAUUUCUAUAGAAUUCGCUGUGCGGAAGUUAAAAAGUGCAAAUCGAUCUCUGGAGUAUAAAAAUUUUCGCGCUUCUGAAGCCGCUGCGGAAAAUCGCACCCGUUCCUUGCGUUGUAUCGUUGUAGAUUCUUGUACUGUUUGAAGUAAAUCCAGCCAAUGAACCAUGAACGACAUAAGCACCAACAGUAAGGAAACUGUGCUUGCCGGGCCUUCAGCAUGGGAACAGCUAACGAAUCCGGCAUUGGCCGAGCAACAUCACCAGCAGCUACAGCAGCAACAGCAGCAGCACCAGCAGCAUCUUGGCGCUUCCCAACAUCAGCAUGCACAUCCGCAGCAACACCAUCAACAACAGCAACAGCAAUCUCAACCGCAGCAUGUGAUACCGCAGCACCACCAUCAAAUGCAACACCAUCACCAACUUCAUCCUCAACAUGGGCCACCGCCCUCCCCUUUGCAGCAUCCUCACUCGCAGCCACCACUCCAGCAGCAUCUUCAUCAACCACUUCAGCACCAGGCCACAAGUCCCACGACAACUGCGGCGCCACUGACACCGACCAAAACGACGCCCCCGGAUAUGUCACACACACCCCAGACUGCCCCCAAUCCAUCGACAGCAGCAUCAGGCUAUUCAGAGGAGCUUCAUCCAGAGUUGGUUAAUCAAGGCUGGAGAAAAUUCUGGUCCAAGCGCGAGGGGCGACCCUACUUUUGGAACAAAUUGACUGGCGAAUCACUGUGGGAGCCACCGAUGUUGAAUCGAGCUAAUCAGCAAUUUGAUCCUUUAACAGAUCCCCUCGGAAUUUGCCAUGCUGGUCAAAAUGGACCCACUUCUCAGCCAAACAACAACAAUGCGCUAAAGAGAAGGGCAUCCGAGGACAUCCAGAGUCAUCAUCAGCAGGUACCUGGUGCUCCACCUUUGAAGAAAUAUGUCCUGCCUGGACCGUGGGAUUUGGAAAUUCCGACAAACGUUGUUAUGUACGAUCGCAUUCCAACGAUGUUUGCGCACCCCUACCCAGAAGUGGAAGCUCUGCGGGGGCUGCUCACCAUACGGCUAUACAAGACAUACGAAGAUCUAUGCACCAAACGAGAAUCGAUCAAUCCCCCGGCGGGUUCAUUCAACCGCUGGCUGAUGGAGCGAAAGAUAAUUGAUCGGGGAUGCGAUCCGAUGCUUCCGAGCGUCUGCCAGCCGGAAAUCUCACAGCAAAUGUACAGGGAAAUCAUACGUGACAUUCCGAUUAAGAUCGUUAAGCCAAAGUUCACUGGUGAUGCGCGGAAACAGUUAUCACGUUAUUGCGACGCCGCCAAGAAAAUUGUCGAGCAACGGUCCGCUUCGGUCGAAAGCAAAAAAGUGGUCAAAUGGAACGCCGAGGAAACCUACGAAUGGUUGCGGAAGACCGUGGGGGCGAGUUAUGAAGAUUUCCAGGAUCGAUUGACCCACUUGCAGCGACAGUGCGAACCGCACAUUGUAGAAACCGUUCGGAACAGUGUUGAACAGCUUUGCACAAAAAUCUACCAUUUGUCGGCACAACACGCGAAGGCGAUUCGUGAUCGUCACAGUCAAAUCCUUAAAGAGAGUGGCAUCCAGGAGUUGACACAACCUCUGCAGCCACCCCUCGUGCGGAAGGUUUGGUGCUAUCCCGUGCAGUUUGCCAUCCCGACGCCUCGGAUGCCUCAAAUCGAGUACAACACGGAUAGGGAUCACAUGAGCAUAAAGUAUAUGCAUGCAUCCAUCCAGGGACCCGAUAACCACACGAUCAACAGCUUGCAUCUUCAGAAGUUGGAGCAACUUUACCGCUUUAAUUGCUUCGACGACAAAAAGUUCGAUUUCUUCAUUGGCCGGGUAUACUGCAUGUUGAAGCGCUACUCGACCUUCCUAUGCAAUGUGAGUCCAAACCAACAGGAACCGGAACUGACGCAGGCUGCCCUGCCAGCGGUAGUUUUCGAGUGUCUCCAUCAACAUUUUGGGGUGACCUUCGAGUGUUUCGCCAGUCCGCUUAACUGCUACUUCCGACAGUACUGUUCCGCCUUUGGCGAUACGGAUUCAUAUUUCGGUUCGAGAGGACCGUUCCUGGAAUUUAAGCCGGUAUCGGGUUCGUUCCAGGUGAAUCCACCAUACUGUGAGGAACUGAUCGACGCAACGCUGCAGCACAUCGAUCGGCUGCUGACGGAUUCAACGGAUCCGCUGAGCUUCAUAGUUUUUCUACAAGAAUGGAAAGAUCCGCCGUUGCAGUGCAUAUCUAAGAUAGAGGAUAGCCAUUUCAAACGUAAACAGGUGGUUGUCACCGCUAUGGAACACUAUUAUCGCCAUGGGCUGCAGCAUUGUAUACCGAGAUCGGAGGUAAACUUUAAGAGCAUCCACGGCACGAUGGUGGUUUGGCUUCAAAAUAACGCUGCCUUCCAGCGCUGGGGACCGACCGAGGCCCGUGUCGAUGCGCUGUUGGAAGCAUUCCGGCCCGGGCGCGAACGAGAGCGUGACAAAGCAGUACCUGCGAGCAUUGGAUCGGCAACGGCCGGUAGCCCUCCAGAAAUGUCGGCAAACAGUGAACCCCCUGGUUCCAAUACCCCUAAAACCCCUCAAACACCGACUGUUUGAAGGAAGAAAGGUCUUUCUUUUGGAUAUUUCAUAGAAUGUGUAAUAGUGUCGAAUCGGUUAUUUGAAUGCUAACAGCAAAACAAUAGUCUACACCAAAAUUCUACCGAGAAUGUGGGUCAGUUGCAUCAAGUUUUGCUCUACCCACGCUAGAACCACAAGUAGAAAUAAACAUAUGGCGAACUACAAAUUUUGUAGCGAGCACUAGUAUCAGUAGUGAAAGGUUAAGAUUCGGUUCGCUAUUAGUUUCUAUGUCGUCAAGAAUAACAAGUCAGACACUUAUUAAGUAAUAUUUUAAUCAAACAUAUUCUGAACGAGGCAGUGAAAACAAGAAAACAAACUUUGUGUCCUAAAUAAGCUAGCAGAAAACAAGCAUAAUUGUACUAUUCAUUGUUGAUUCUUUUUAAUUGACUUGAUUGCGAAACGUUGGUAAUGUGAGAGUCGCACAGAGCUUAAUUGCUCUUAGGGCAGUUCAUGAGAAGGUCUAUUCUAGUUGUAAAAUAUUACGAUAAAUUAUUAAUCUAUAAGUUAACUGUAAAACUGGUUCAGUAAACAUUCACUAACUGGACGAAAACGGAAGAUCAGUUAUCGACAUUCGCGUUUGAACUGGUCCGACAUGUUAAACGUCAAAUAAAAUCGAGGGAACUUCAACGAAUUGUUUGAUUCGCGUUGAUCAGGAAAUUGUAUAAACUAAAGGAUUCUAAUGGAAGUUUCGCAUUGAGUGCAACAACAGGUAUGACAUAUAAUUUGAGGAAAUUAUUUUUGUGUAGUUUGUUUCAAUGUUUUUGUCAUGCGAAACAAAUGUCAAUUUUCAUAACAUUUCAAAUUACAUUCGAAUGCUCCUCACAGCAAAUCUUCCAUUUGAAUAUGGCGUCGAUUGUUUACGAUAUUCUGCUUUUUAACUGGUCCAAGGACCUGUUAACAUUCGCCUAGUUAAAAAGCAGACCAGUUAGUGAACCAUUACUGUAGAACAAUCUUAGUAACCAAGUUCUCCUGUAAUGUAUAGGAAUAUAAAAAAGAUAGGUCUGGAGGCGAAUGAACUGCAAAGUUUAAAGCCUCUUAAAAACAAAGAAACGAAACGAAAAAGAUAGUGUAUGAAACAUAGUUUUGACUGUAAGGAUUUCUUUCCUAUAGACGGAGAAAAAAAAUGGGGGACAUUCUCCUCUAUGUGGCAAUAUGUUAUUUGUUUUGAAAACAUUUGUGGAGAUUUUUAUAUUAUCAUUUCAAGGUCUUUAUUUUACAUUAAAAUAUAAUUGAAGGCGCAUAUUUGCUACCAUUGAAAUGGUAUCAAGCGAUGAGAGGGUUUGUUCCGCGAUAGGAAUUUAACGAUAAAAACAGAAGAAAACAAAACGCGACCAAACAACAUAAGAGGGAGACGCCUCCAGUAACAACAUAAUAAAAUAGUAAAAAUGAAUGGAAGGUUUUCGCAUUUUGUUUUCGACUUCAGGAACUACGUUCUAAUGGUUUUUUGAUGUAAUAAUCAUUAAGAUAUUAUUUGAUGUACAAAUCUGAACCAUAAUAAUGUUGACAUUAUUCGAACGUUAUAAAUAUAUAUACAUACGAGAAAAUCUA